AUGUAUCAGGAAAAAAGAAAGGCUUUGGCCACUAUUCGCAUCAGAGAACUGAUAUGGUAUUCCCAGAUGUCAUCACAAAUGUGGGAGGAGGCUACAACCCACGUGAUGGUGUUUUUACAGCACCCAUUAAUGGAAGCUAUGUUUUCUACACAACCAUCGUAUCCUGGGAUAACAAUAGCCACAGAUAUUGUUUUGAAUGGUAAAAGCCAAGUCAGAACAUUUGCUGACAGCAGAGGAUUCCUGCAAAAGAAACAGGAGUACAUUUACCAAACCGGAACCAAUCUAGUUUGUCUGAGUUUAAAGGUUGGAGAUAGGGUCUGGAUGAAAGAGAUGAUUCAAGUGUGUUUUUUGUUGAUGGUUGCGAAUUUCCUUUCACAUACUGUUGCCCAAGAAGACAUUGGUUCUAUAGUAGAGAAUGCUGUUGACCGUGCAUUCAGCGGCGUAAGAAGGGACGGAGAAGAAUCUGAGGGAUCGGCAGCAUUCGCUCCAGAUUCAGAAAGAACCGUUCAUUUAGGACGAAUUCCAGCACGUCGAACUACUGACAGCGUAGCGUCCAGACAGGAAUCUGGCACUGGAUCGGGAGCAGCUCGAGCACUGGCCAGAUUUUCCCAGAGUAACUCUCCAAGCUUGAACGCUCUAAUCAGCGAUCGCUCAAGAAGGGCUACAGAAGCUGCAGAAAUAGUUGCAAGGAACAUUUCAGAAAGUCGAGGUAAUAUGACAGAAACGUUAAAGUUUAUAACCAGUGAUCCACAAAUUAUCGGAGAAUUUCGACGAAGACUUGCUAAAUACUGUUAUGAACGACCCUACUGCAAUGUUCGUUAUCCCUACCGAAGAGCAGACGGGCAAUGUAAUAAUUUGAUGGACCCUUUACUUGGGUCCUCAGGCACCCCACAACAACGUGUCGUACCUGCAGCAUACGAUAAUAGUAAUAUUUUUGCAGAACUGAAUACUACUAGAAACAGUUCUGUAACUGACGGCCAACUACCAAGCGCUAGAACUGUCAGUAACAAUGUUUUCCAGUACUGCUCAGGGGGCAUGACUCCUGUUAGUGCCAGGUUUUCUACCUACCUCACCCACCAUGGACAGUUCAUAGACCAUGACGUCAUUGCCACGCCCUCUGAAAAAGAUAAAAAUAACAAAGAUAUUUUAGACUGUUGUACCCAAAAAAGAAAAUAUCCACAGCAUUGUUUUAACAUUGAAAUCGACAAACUGGAUCCAUUCUUCAAGCCAAACAAAACUUGUAUGCACUUCGUUCGUCAUUUAGGCGCACCUCCAUUAAGGUGUGAAAGUGGUGUCCGCGAGCAGCUGAACGAAAGAACAGCCUUUGUGGAUGGCUCUAUGAUAUAUGGAUCUACCUUUGAUCAUGAGAAAAAAUUAAGGGGAGGAAAGCUUGCAAUUGGUGGGAGAUUUGCUGAAAAUUAUCAAAAUCUUCUUCCACGUCACGAGAAAGGAUGUCCGCAGGGAAUCACAACUAGAUAUCAUUGUUUCAUGGCUGGAGAUCACAGGCCAAGCGAAACACCAACCCUAACUGUUCCUCAUAUCACGUGGUUAAGACGUCAUAAUCUCAUUGCCGACGCAUUGCGACGAGCCACUGGCAUCAGAAAUGAUGAAAUUCUUUUCCAGGAGGCAAAGAGAAUCGUAAUUGCGCAGCUUCAGCAUGUUACUUACAACGAAUUUUUACCUGCUUUACUUGACGAUUAUACAAUGAAUUAUUUCAAUCUUCAUUCACGGCCAGUGGGACACAGCGAUGUAUAUAAUUAUAGGAUUGACCCAAGAACAAUUAAUGCUUUUGGCGUAGCAGCCUAUCGUAUGGGCCAUAGUUUAGUCAGAAAUACUGUAGGUCACGACAGAGGAUUCGGGAAUGUCCAAGAAUUUCCGGUGAGCGAUCAUUUUGAGGUUCCUGACCUGAUGUUUGAUCACGGAUAUGAGUUUAUGGCUCGCUGGAUGUCAAGGGCCCCAAAAUCUAAGUCUGACAGAUUCUUAGUUGAUGGAAUCAGGAAUGAAUUAUUUAAAUCUUCAGAGAAAGGGAUGAAUGAAUCAGAAACACUGUCCUUUGAUUUGGGAGCUUUGAACGUACAGAGAGGUCGAGAUCACGGCAUACCUCCCUACAACGUUUACAGAGAAUUCUGUGGACUUAAAAGAGCGCGUUUCUUUGCUACUGCCCCAGGGGGGCUGGUAGAUCAUACUCCACAGGCAGCAGCUGCACUUCAGCGAACUUACAAAGAUCCAGACGAUAUUGAUCUUUAUGCUGGAGGUUUAUCUGAAACUCCUCGAACCGGAAGCAUACUGGGACCCACGUUCCAAUGUCUUAUCGGCUUUCAGUUCAGCCUAUACAAACAGGGCGACCGUUUCUGGUACGAGCGCACUUUCCCAGAAAACCCACUGGCUGCUUUUACAAAAGAUGAAUUAGCAGAGAUAAAACAGACAACAUACUCCAAAAUUAUGUGUUCAGUAUUGAAGAAUAUUGGAGGCCGCUCUCAUUCCUUUCAACCAAGACUACUUUUACGUCCUGACAGACGACGUAAUACGCCACAGUCAUGCAGCAGAAUAUUGAGAGGAAAUCGGCUCGGGUUCGACAUUACACCAUUUGCACGACAGCUUUUGCGUUUGAGAGACCGAAGACGCGCAGCUUUACGAUUUCCAUCUCCAAUAUACCCAAGCACAAGAAGAUUUAUUCGGCUAGUGAGAUUAAGCCCUCUCUUCCUCUCCCCUAUCAAUCCAGGAAUAGGUUUCCUGCUUCGGAGAAGAACAAUUAUCCGCCGCACAAGAAUUAUAUAAAUACAUUAUUUUAUAAAAAUAACAUUAUCUUUGUUACCAGGGCCGUCGUAAGUUUCUGAAAGGGGGUGAGAGAGAGAUCUGGGAGGGCUUCCUUCGCACCAGAAUUUUCUGUAAAUGGACACCAUGUUGGAGGCAAUCACAUCCCCCUCCAAGUCCAGACCAGGCCUUGCGUAUAAUUAUUUAUA